AUGGCAGGCCAAAACCGCAACUAUGACUUCCUCAUCAAGCUCCUUCUAAUCGGCGACUCGGGCGUUGGCAAAUCAUGCUGUCUGCUGCGAUUCAGCGAAGACAGCUUCACCCCAUCAUUCAUCACCACCAUCGGCAUUGACUUCAAGAUCCGCACAAUCGAACUCGAUGGCAAGCGUGUCAAGCUCCAGAUUUGGGAUACUGCUGGCCAGGAGCGUUUCCGCACCAUCACUACUGCUUAUUACCGUGGCGCUAUGGGUAUCUUGCUGGUUUAUGAUGUGACGGAUGAGAAGAGUUUCAAUAACAUCCGCACCUGGUUCUCAAACGUCGAACAACACGCCAGCGAAGGCGUCAACAAAAUCCUCAUCGGCAACAAAUGCGACUGGGAAGAAAAACGCGCCGUCAGUACCGAGCAAGGCCAAGCCCUGGCUGACGAACUCGGCAUCCCAUUCAUCGAAGUAUCCGCAAAGUCAAACAUCAAUGUGGAAAAGGCUUUCUUCUCGCUGGCUUCGGAUAUCAAGAAACGUAUUAUUGAUUCGAGCGGCGGUGCUGGUGCUGCUGCGAGUGGAGCUGGAGCUAGUCAGGUUGAUGUUAACCAGGGUCAGGGUGUUGCGGGUGGUAUGGGGAAGAAUUGCUGUUAA